AUGCUUUAUAACGUGAAUUUAAAUCUGGUCACACUGUCCGUCUGACUAGAUCGGCCAUUUCCUCUUUCGUUCUCCACCCUGUGACAUGUCGCACAGGAAAUUUUCAGCACCUCGCCAUGGGUCGAUGGGAUUCUAUCCCAAGAAGAGGUCCCGUCGUCAUCGUGGUAAAGUGAAGGCUUUUCCUAAAGACGAUGCCAGCAAACCGGUACAUCUUACCGCCUUCAUAGGUUACAAGGCUGGUAUGACCCACGUGGUUCGGGAACCAGAUCGUCCUGGUUCAAAAAUCAACAAGAAGGAGAUUGUAGAGGCUGUGACCAUUAUUGAAACCCCACCCAUGGUGUGUGUGGGUGUAGUUGGUUAUAUUGACACACCUCAUGGUCUCCGAGCUUUGCUAACAGUUUGGGCCGAGCACAUGUCAGAUGAUUGUCGCCGUCGUUUUUACAAGAACUGGUACAAAUGUAAGAAGAAGGCAUUCACGAAGGCCAGCAAGAAGUGGCAGGAUGAGCUCGGACAAAAGUCUAUUGAAAAAGACUUUAAGAAGAUGAUACGCUACUGCAGUGUAGUCAGAAUCAUUGCUCACACUCAGAUGAAGUUGUUGAAACAACGCCAAAAGAAAGCACAUAUUAUGGAGAUUCAGCUCAAUGGAGGAUCUAUUGAGGAUAAAGUGAAAUGGGCUAGAGAACACUUGGAGAAACCCAUCCCUGUGGACUCUGUUUUCACUCAAGAUGAGAUGAUUGACUGCAUUGGUGUCACUAAGGGGAAAGGCUACAAAGGUGUGACCUCGCGUUGGCACACUAAGAAGCUUCCACGCAAGACUCACAAAGGUCUCCGUAAGGUUGCUUGUAUUGGAGCAUGGCAUCCUUCUAGAGUGUCAUUUACUGUAGCCCGUGCUGGUCAAAAGGGCUACCACCAUCGUACUGAGAUGAACAAGAAAAUCUACCGUAUUGGACAAGGAAUCCACACUAAGGAUGGAAAGGUCAUCAAGAACAAUGCAUCCACUGAAUAUGAUUUGUCUGAAAAAUCCAUCACUCCAAUGGGUGGUUUCCCCCAUUAUGGUGAAGUAAACAAUGACUUUGUGAUGAUAAAAGGCUGUUGCAUGGGACCGAAGAAGAGGGUUAUCACUUUGAGAAAGUCUCUGCGAGUACACACAAAGAGAGCAGCUCUUGAGAAGAUUAAUCUCAAGUUCAUUGAUACAUCAUCUAAGUUUGGACAUGGUCGCUUCCAAACGCCUGCUGAUAAGGCUGCUUUCAUGGGCACGCUCAAAAAAGAUCGUAUUCGGGAGGAAGCCGCAGCUGCACCCGCGCCUACAACUGCAGCACAGUCCUAAAUAUUUUGGACUAUAAAUAAAAUCAUUUGAAAUAUAU